AUGUGCAUUGGCGAGAAGAGAACCUUGACCAUCCCCCCUGAGCUGGGUUACGGCAACCGCGGCAUGGGCCCCAUUCCCGCUGGCUCGACUCUCAUCUUCGAGACCGAGCUCGUCGGCAUCCAGGGUGUCCCCAAGCCUGAGAAGAUCAUCACCAAGGCCAGCGAGGCUGCCGAAUCCGCCACCGAGAAGGUUGCUGAGAAGGUUGCCAGCAAGGUCGCCGAGGCCGCUGAGGUCGUCAAGACCAUCGUUGCCGACUCUGACGACGGCCAGGAGCACAACGAGCUCUAA